CCCGGGCUCAGUGCGCGGUGGCGGCGGCGGCGGCGGCGCGGGCAGCUGGCGCCGCGCGGUCCAGCUCGGCCGGGCGCACGGACGCACCGCCGAGCCGACGGCCGGAGGGACGGGGCGCAGGCGCUGGGCCGGCGGGCAGCGAGCGCGAGCCAGAGCCGCGCUCAGUGAGUCGGGCGCCCGCGGCUGCCAGGUCGACUCCCGAGUGGCGCCCUCCCGCCGGUGCCAGAACCGGGCCAUGGGGGGCAGCAUGCUGGCGCGCGCCGCCUGAGGACGUCGUAACACCCGCCCCAGCUAUGGGCGCCCCGGCUUGCUCCCUCGCGUUCUUUGUGGCCGUGGCAGUCGUGAUGACCGGCGCCGUCUCCGGGUCCCCGGGCAUGGAGCAGCGCGUCGUGCGGAGAGCAGCAGAGGUCCCGGGCCCUGAGCCUGGCCAGCAGGAGCUGGUCUUUGGCAGCGGGGACACCGUGGAGCUGAGCUGCCACUUGCCCGCGGGGGCUCCCUCAGGGCCCACGGUCUGGGUGAAGGACGGCGUGGCGCUGGCGCCCUCAGACCGCAUCCUGGUGGGGCCGCAGCGGCUGCAGGUGCUCAACGCCUCCCAUGAGGACGCCGGGGCCUACAGCUGCCGCCAGCGCCUCUCCCAGAGCGUCCUGUGCCGCUUCACCGUGCGCGUGACAGACGCUCCGUCCUCGGGAGACGAUGAAGAUGGGGAGGACGAGGCUGAAGACACAGCAGGCGCCCCUUACUGGACGCGGCCUGAGCGGAUGGAUAAGAAGCUGCUGGCGGUGCCGGCUGCCAACACGGUUCGCUUCCGCUGCCCGGCCGCCGGCAACCCCACCCCGUCCAUCUCCUGGCUGAAGAACGGCAAGGAGUUCCGAGGCGAGCACCGCAUCGGGGGCAUCAAGCUGCGGCACCAGCAGUGGAGCCUGGUCAUGGAGAGCGUGGUGCCUUCGGACCGCGGCAACUACACGUGCGUCGUGGAGAACAAGUUCGGCAGCAUCCGGCAGACGUACACCCUGGACGUGCUGGAGCGCUCGCCGCACCGGCCCAUCCUGCAGGCGGGGCUGCCCGCCAACCAGACGGCGGUGCUGGGCAGCGACGUGGAAUUCCACUGCAAGGUGUACAGCGACGCGCAGCCCCACAUCCAGUGGCUCAAGCACGUGGAGGUGAACGGCAGCAAAGUGGGGCCCGAUGGCACGCCCUACGUCACGGUGCUCAAGUCGUGGAUCAGUGAGAGUGCGGAGGCUGACGUGCGCCUCCGCCUGGCCAAUGUGUCCGAGCGCGACGGGGGCGAGUACCUCUGUCGAGCCUCCAAUUUCAUAGGCGUGGCUGAGAAGGCCUUUUGGCUGCGUGUUCGCGGGCCCCAAGCAGCUGAGGAGGAGCUGGUGGAGGCUGGUGAGGCUGGCAGUGUGUACGCAGGUGUCCUCAGCUACGGGGUGGGCUUCCUCCUCUUCAUCCUGGUGGUGGCCGCUGUGACCCUCUGCCGCCUGCGCAGCCCCCCCAAGAAGGGCCUGGGCUCGCCCGCCGUGCACAAGGUCUCCCGCUUCCCGCUCAAGCGACAGCAGGUGUCCUUGGAGUCCAGCUCGUCCAUGAGCUCCAACACGCCGCUGGUGCGGAUCGCCCGGCUGUCCUCGGGGGAGGGCCCUGCGCUGGCCAACGUCUCUGAGCUCGAGCUGCCCGCCGACCCCAAGUGGGAGCUGUCCCGGGCCCGGCUGACUCUGGGCAAGCCACUCGGGGAGGGCUGCUUCGGCCAGGUGGUCAUGGCGGAGGCCAUCGGCAUCGACAAGGACCGGGCUGCCAAGCCCGUCACGGUGGCGGUGAAGAUGCUGAAAGAUGACGCCACAGACAAGGACCUGUCGGACCUGGUGUCCGAGAUGGAGAUGAUGAAGAUGAUCGGGAAGCAUAAGAACAUCAUCAACCUGCUGGGCGCCUGCACGCAGGGCGGGCCCCUGUACGUGCUGGUGGAGUACGCAGCCAAGGGCAACCUGCGGGAGUACCUGCGGGCACGGCGGCCCCCGGGCACGGAUUACUCCUUCGACACUUGCCGGCUGCCCGAGGAGCAGCUCACCUUCAAGGACCUGGUUUCCUGCGCCUACCAGGUGGCGCGGGGCAUGGAGUACCUUGCCUCGCAGAAGUGCAUCCACAGGGACCUGGCCGCCCGCAACGUGCUGGUGACCGAGGACAACGUGAUGAAGAUCGCGGACUUCGGCCUGGCCCGCGACGUGCACAACCUCGACUACUACAAAAAGACCACCAAUGGCCGCCUGCCCGUGAAGUGGAUGGCGCCCGAGGCCUUGUUUGACCGCGUCUACACCCACCAGAGUGACGUGUGGUCCUUCGGGGUCCUGCUCUGGGAGAUCUUCACGCUGGGGGGCUCGCCGUACCCCGGCAUCCCCGUGGAGGAGCUCUUCAAGCUGCUGAAGGAAGGCCACCGCAUGGACAAGCCAGCCAACUGCACGCACGACCUGUACAUGAUCAUGCGUGAGUGCUGGCACGCCGUGCCCUCCCAGAGGCCCACCUUCAAGCAGCUGGUGGAAGACCUGGACCGCGUGCUCACCGUCACAUCCACCGACGUAGCGGGGGCUCGCGGACGUGAAGGGCCGCGGCCUGCGGGCCAAGCCCCCAUCAACGUGAGAGCGGACCCCAGCCUGCCGUGCUGCCGCUGGUGUGCCGUGACCAACGGGUCUCACCGGCCUGGACUCAAGACCUGGAACAGGUGGACAGAUGGACAGACAACUUCCACAUGUGUACGUGUGCACACGUGUGUGCUCUGGGGUCCCCGGCGUGCCCGCCCUGCUGUACGGUGACCUCCUGGCCACCUGGGCCGGCAGCACCGGUGGACCGGACGUAGAAUGUAAGGGGCUCCUCCCGUGGGGCUCCUCAGGGCGGGGAGCCGGGCCCCUCCCCAAGCUCCCGUGACCCCCGCUGCCACCCCACAGGGAGCAUCGGGGCGGGCCGGGCUCCGGUGUCCAGAGUGGGCUGAGGCCCCCCCUCCAAGUGCCCAAGCUGAGCCUACAGGGAAGCCCCCGUGUGGCACACCUCCCACCCAAGUGGCACCUUGCGCCUGGGGUGAGUGUUAGCAGCUCCCCACCUCCAGGCCUCCCCACUUCCCACCCUGCCCCUCAGAGACUGAAAUUACGGGUACCUGAAGGCGGGAGCCUUUAACUUCUAUCCGAAAGGUUUAUUCCAGAAAUGAGUGUACAUUUAUAUAAAUAGAUGCUGUGUAUAUGAUAUACACAUACAUAUAUAUAUAAAUAUCUAUAUGGAAGAAGGAAGGCUGGUACAACUGAGGCACGGGACCCUGAGGGUGCAGGGGCGGGGGUGCCCUAGUCGGAGGAGGCCUCCUGGGGGGCUCGCUGUUGAGACACACAAAAACCCGCAGAGGUUGGAGGGGCUUUUCUGGCACCGCAGUUUUGUUUUAAAAAUUGUUCCUGGACCUGUAUGUUUGUAAAGCUAUUUAUCGACCCCCAGAGCCCGUGUCCCCAUCUCUCCCCAGGCUCCUAGUGUUCAGCCAGCUGCACGGCAGAGGUUUAAGUUUUAACUUAUUAACGGUGAGAUGGUUUAUGCUUUGUUUAGGGGCAUUGCUGAGGGUGUGUCCAGCCCACACCCCAAGGCCAGAGCCAGCCCCCUGGCACCCUAAAGGGUCGUUAAUAGUUUGAGAUGAUUCCGUGAGGAUAUUUUAUUUCCUUUGGCCUUCUUUUGCAGGAGAAGUAGAUUUCUAUAGAAUUUUCUUUAGGAGAUUUAUUUUUUUAGACGUCAAAGCAAGCUGGUAUUUUCAUACAGGUUCUUCUAAUUGCCAUGUGUUCCAGGCGGGGAGGCAGUUUCGGGAGGGGGGGGGGCCAGCCCUGCAUGCAGGUUCAGAUGUUAUUAGAUGUUACAAGUUUAUAUAUAUCUAUAUAUAUAAUUUAUUGAGUUCUUACAAGAUAUAUUUGCUGUAGAUUUAACACUUCUUACGCAAUGCUUCUAGACUUUUGUGGCCCGGACUGCUACCUUUCAAAGCUUGGGAGAGAAAGCCACAAAUUCAGUUUUGUUACUUUUUGUACUGUUAAUGGCCCUGAGUUUGGGCGGCUAUUCUCUGCUUGUCAGUGGGCUCAGGGUGGUCUCUGUUCUCAGGGCCCCCAGCCUUGUGGGGGCCAAAGGUGUUGGCCCAAACCAGCAGACGUGCUUUCCAAAAAAUAAACAGACAACUGGUUCAGAUCCA